AUGCUACCUCUUGGCCUAAAUUGCCUCUCACCGUCACAAACCGCUGGUCGACCGAUUGGCGGCGCGUACGAGAAGGCCUUGGAUCGCAUGAGCGACCAUAACAGGAACCCAUCUCGCUACCUCUAUUCACCUGGGGAGGAUAAGUUCAGUAAGCUAAUGUUUUUCCUCCACGCAAGCAAUCAGUCUUCGUUCGCUAGAUUCUACGCCGACAAAGACCAUACCCGAGUCACGGCUUCCUUCAUCUUCAAGGCGCAAGGCACGACCAGCAGUCGGUACAGUUCCGAGAAAGUGCUCGGAAAUUCCACACGUGAAGGGAUCGCGCAGCUCAGUCACCACCUGACAACGUUUAUCCUUCGUCGGAACCCGCGAGCCGUCCACCUUGACGCACGGCAAUCGAAUUCGCGAGAACCAAGACGGAAUGGACCCUAUCCAAGCCCGCAACACCUUCUCUACGAGUUCCGCUUCCAAGACAAACCGCGGUCGCAGGCUGCCCCGAAAGCCUCCCUCCGCAAGUCUGACACUUUUUCGCACGAUUUAAUUCUCAUCGGCAAGCUCGUAUCACUUGGAACAAUGCAAGGCAAGCUGCUCGGAAACCUCCCCCAUGCCGUCAGCAACGUAAACGCCGCCGAUACUAACAAUGCCCCGGCUUCCACCAACAACCGGACCAAGCGGAAGUCAGCCCCGACUUCUGCGAAGAAGCUGGCGGUUGACGAUAGCUACAACGACGGCGAUGACACCGUUGUUUAUGAGGACACCGGUGCUGAUGAGGACAAUGCUGGUGGGGAUGAGGACGCGGUCUACAAAUUUGAAUGUUCGCACAGGUACUGA